AUGGUUCAUAAUAAUUGUAACAAAAAAAAAUUUUUUUUUUUUGAAAUUCAAUGCCCAAAAAAAAAUAAAAAUGAAUAUUUUAAUUUAGAAUUUAUUAUAGGAAGUAUAAUAAAUAACAGACACAAAAAAAGAACAGAAACAUUUUUCACCUUCAAAAAAAUACUUCUAUAUAUAUUUUUUAUUUAUAUUCUUUAUUUUAUAAAUUACAAG